AUGGAUGGCAUAGGGUCAGACCGAAUAGACCUCUCGGGGAAGGAAGGAAGUGGCAUCGACGGGAAAGGAUCAAGAGAAAUUCCAAUCUUUAGGACUUUGGAAGCUCUGAGGAAAUGGAGGAACGAUGCGAGGAUUAGAGGUCUGAAAGUUGGCUGUAUACCCACUAUGGGAGCUUUACACGAAGGUCAUCUUAAUCUCAUCAAAACUUCCCUAUCACGACAUCCGUUGACAGUUAUGACCUUGUUUGUCAAUCCCAUGCAGUUUGCACCCUCCGAAGACCUACUUUCUUAUCCACGGACAUUCGAAAGCGAUCUAAAUCUCCUUCAAACGCUUCUUCACACAUCACAGUCCCAUACAACAACAACAGACACCUUCCCAGGACCAGACUAUCCUAAGACCACACCGACAUCCUCACAAUCACUCGGGGCGGAUGCUGGAGAUAUCAAAGAAAGUCCUCUGGUUAUCUUCGCUCCUACCAACGAUGUCAUGUAUCCCCUUCGUGGAGAAUUACAGGAUUUGCGAAGAUAUAAGGGGGUGACGGUAGAUAUGAAAGGUUGGGGAGAUGUUAUGGAAGGGGUUUCUAGGCCACAGUUCUUCACUGGCGUCGCCACGAUCUGUACAAAGUUGUUCAAUGCCGUCGAGCCGGACCAUGCGUAUUUCGGGCAAAAGGAUAUCCAGCAGGCACUUUUACUCCGCGUCCUCCUCACCGACUUACUCGUCUCUCAUCCCUCACCUCACAACCUUCACAUCUUACCGACGACCCGUGAUCCCAUCGACCACCUCGCUCUAUCAUCACGUAACACUUAUCUCACCCCUCCUGAGCGUGCUGUGGCGCCCGUCCUAUACCAAGCUCUGACCGCCGCAUCCAAACUCUGGGAUACAGGCACGGAUAUCAGCGGAGAGGAUAUCAUAUCGACCGCCACCUCAGUCAUCGCUGAUGAACAACGACGGAUAUCAAUCAAUGAACAAGGUGUGGAACUCAGACACGAUUACAUCGAGGUGUUCGAUCCCGAAACAUUUGAGCCGAUAAGAGGCAGUGUAAAUGUAUGGAAGCAGAAAAGAAGGGACAUGGGGCAAAGUACGGGGGCGGUGAUAGCUGGGGCUGUGUGGGUUGGGAGGACCAGAUUGAUAGAUAACCUUUUGUUAGGUUGGGAAGUAGAUUAG